CUCCCCGGGUCGCGCAGUUCUGACGCAACCAUCACCACCACCACCACCGGAGUCCUCGGCGUCGGCGUCUCCGCUUCUUCUUCUACUACUACUGCUGCUGCUGCUUUCUCGACUACUCACAGAUUGUGUGGCGGGGUGUCUACGGUGAUCCGAGUUCUUCAUUACAAGCGCCGAGAGAUACAUCCCCGAAGAUGGUGUCGUGGCUCAUCUCGAGGCUGGUCGUGCUGAUGUUCGGCAUAUUGUACCCAGCGUAUUCAUCCUACAAAGCUGUGAGGACGAAAAAUGUCCGGGAAUACGUGAGGUGGAUGAUGUACUGGAUUGUAUUUGCACUCUUUACAACGUUCGAGACCUUCACGGAUCUGCUGUUGUCAUGGAUCCCUUUUUACUACGAACUGAAGAUAGCCCUUGUGGUGUGGCUCCUCUCUCCGUACACCAAAGGCUCCAGCGUUCUCUACAGGAAAUUUGUGCACCCUAUGCUUUCAUCUCGAGAACAGGAGAUUGACGAGUACAUCGUGCAGGCGAAGGAGAAGAGUUACGAGACCAUGGUGCGUUUUGGCAGACGUGGGCUCAACCUGGCGGCGAAUGCAGCCGUGACGGCAGCCGCCAAGGGCCAGGGAGCCUUAAGCCAGAGGCUGAGGAGCUUCAGUAUGCAGGACCUGUCCUCCAUUCCGGAUGAGGAGCCCAUGCACGGUGACAUGGGUGAACACUUGCGUUCAACGCGUGACACCAAGUUCCGCAACACUUCGCGCUCUUUUGACCUUUCGGACUCCCAUGAGCGAUUGCAGGAUGAUCCAACCAUGCGAGGUCAUGUGUCAGAUGGAGAGAGAUCUGAUGGAUUUGAUGAUGACGAUGAGGUCGAGGAAGGGUCACCAAAGCCAGCCGUGAGACGAGCUCAGAGCCUCCGUGCGCGUAAAGCUAUCAGGCCACAGCCACGUUCAGAUGCUGUCAGGAAAAGCCCCAAGCUAAGAAUAAAGAAGAGUCUUCCAAGUAAUUAUUACGGCACUAUGUAGGGGGGGGGGGCGUGUUUGUGUCUUACUUCGGAGCUUGAGAUGGUUCCACCAAGAAGAUUUAUAUUGAAAUAUUAAAACAUUUCUACAAUGGAGUCUUCAUGCACCAUGCACCAAUACCUGCUGCCCAAAACUCCAGUAUUUUCUUCUGUAAUAACAUGCUCAUCUGAAGAACUAUGCCAUUUUUACAUAUUUAGUUGGACAUGAACACAUUUUUUUCUGCAACAAAAAUAAAAAUCUGUCCAUAAAUAUAUUUAAAUGGUUACUUAAUUAUCAGUACAGUUGAUGUUUUAAAUAAGCAAUUAUCAACUGUAACCCAUUUCAAAAGCAAAUGUUGUUUCCAACGCAACCAAUGCAACAGCUUAGUCUACCUUUCACACACUAAUUAUUUUUUGUUUUCACCUCCUUAAGUGGCUUUAACAUACAUAGUUUUCUGAUGUACAUAUGCUCUCGUCAAAUUGCAUGUAUUCAUGAUAUUAAACUGCCUUAAAACAAUGCAGAUAAAUAACACUAUGUAACAUUUUUGUUCCUGGGUAGUAAGUGUUAUUUCGUAAUUGCUUAUAAUCCGAGUGCAUGACGACCUUCUAAUAGCUGCCGCCUUGGUGCUGAGUUGUGACUAGAAGCUUCUAGCUGCAUAGGCCUACCCCGCUCGCCAUGUGCCAAUCGUCCAAGGGCUUUGGGUGUGUAGUGUGGUGGUGCGAUAGCACUGUUUCUCUGGAGGGUGCCAGUGCGCGAAUUCAUUUGCGUGCAGUGUCUGUUGCACACCAGCUACCGCACGGGGCUUAACCAGGAACCAAGCCUGGGUCCAAUGGCAAGGCAGAAAACUAAGACGAUUGGAAGGCUUGUCCAGAAGCAUCAGACAUCCAGUGGCUCCUCCGCCAUAUGCCGUUGGCCAUCUGGACCGUAGCUCAACCGCCCACCGAGGUGGGCCGUUAGCCACUUGGUAUCCACCCGGAAUUUUAUCAGGGUUUACUCCCUUAGCCUGAAUGGCUAACCAGAGCCCCGUUAGCCAGACAGGCCUUCUUGGUUACCGAAGCGGCCCAGAUGGUCGAACCACCCACCAUAUUUUGCCCUGUCUGGCAAUCCUGUACUUUACCUGUUACCUCCUCCCAUGACUAGGACGAGGAGUUGGUUUUUGGGAGGUGCAUCGUGGCAGCUGUAGCUGUGACUGAGCAGCCCACGAGGAUCCACUCUGCUCGCCCCAAAUGGGGAGGGGGCUAGAAAAGGUGCCCUAAACAGAGCCUGCAACAGCCUGUCUGACUUACCGCGACCAGAGAGAGCUUCAAUAAUUGCGGUCGAAACAAAAAGAAAUAUAACCUAAACAUUGGAUCCUGGAAUGUCAGGACCCUCAGACAACCCAAACUCGCAACGUCCAGAGCGCCGAACAGCUCUUGUGGCACACGAGCUGAGACGAUUUAAUAUCCAUAUUGCCGCCCUCAGCGAAACCCGUCUGGCAGAUGAAGGCAAACAGACUGAGGCUAAGUGGAGGCUACACCUUUUGGAAGGGUAAACCAGCGCAUGAACGACGCCUGCAUGGUGUAGGGUUUGCAAUAGACAACAUCCUCAUCGAGAGCUUCAGUGAGCUCCCAAUUGGUAUCAAUGAGCGUUCUAUGACCCUACGCCUGAAACUCGCAAAAGACCAACAUGCAACCAUCAUCAGCACCUAUGCACCAACACUGGACUGAAGAAGACACCAAGGAGACCUAAUACAGCCAACUCAACCAAAUCCUUCAGAGUAUGCCAAAAACUGACGAGCUGAUUCUCCUCGGCGACUUCAAUGCUAGAGUUGGGAGAGACUAUCAAAUGUGUAACGGUGUCAUUGGUAAAGAGGGAGUUGGAAAGUCCAACUCCAAUGGUCACGUUCUUCUUAAAACCUGUUCUGAGCACGACCUGACAAUCACCAACACCCUAUUCGGGCAGAAGAAUAAGCCUUAAGACCUCCUGGUGCGACCCUCGAUCACACCAAUUGCAUUUACUGGACUACGUGAUUGUCAGGAAGCUUGACAGCACAGACGUCCGCAUCACUCAUGCCAUGAUCAAUGCAGACGAUUGCUGGACUGCCCACAGACUAAUUCGAUCAGUGUUGACUCAAACUAAACCACAAACACAUCAACCGACCAAAACUACAGAGGAAAAGACUCAAUGUAACCAGACUAAAAUACCCAGCAGUACAGGCCCGACUGAAAGAAUAACUAACUGAAAGACUCGGCAUCAACCAGGCUUCAGGAAAUGUUCAUGAGUACUGGACACAACUGAAGACGGCAGUUAUAACCAGCUGUGAAAACACAAUUGGCUACAUAAGAAGGAAAAACUGACUGGUUUGAUGACAACGACCAGGAAAUCACAGGCCUCAUUGACAAGGAGGCCAAAUUUGAAGUACAAACUAAAAAACGGGAACUGAAGAACAACUGGUUCAGAAACUAAGCAGAAGAAAUACAACAUCUUGCAGAUUCCAAUAUCCCACAUGAAUUUUUUAAAGCAACCAAAGACUUAUAUAGACCAUAAAAAACGGGCCUUGCACCACUUCAGUCUAAGGAUGGGACAGAAAUCUUCAAAGACAAAAAUGCAAUCAUCCUUCACUGGCAGGAACACUUCAGCACUCUUUUCAACUGCAACGCUGUUGUAGACGCUUCUAUAUUCAGUGAGACUCCGCAACACUCUACCACUGAGGAUUUAGCUGGAGAACCAACGAUGCUUGAAGUGGCUAAAGCUGUCAAGCAGAUGAAAGAGAACGAAGCUAGUGGGCUCGACCAGAUUCCUGCUGAGAUUUACAAACGUGGAGGACAACGCCUACUAGAACACCUGCACUCCAUCAUGGCCAGGAUCUGGAAUGAUGAAGACCUUCUCAACGAACUGAAAGAUGCUAUAAUUGUCACCGUCUUCAGAAAAAAGGUGACAAGUCAGACUGACAACUACAGAGGAAUCUCUCUUCUUGCCACCGCUGGAAAAAAUACUGGCAACAAUCCUACUAAACAGACUUCUACCACUUGCUGAAAAACUCUUUCCUGAAUCACAGAGUGGCUUUUGACCUGGCAGGAGAACCUCAGACAUGAUCUUCUCAGCCUGUCAACUCAAGAGAAGUGCCAGGAGCAGAGACUGCCAUUGUACAUGGCCUUCUUUGAUUUGACUAAAGCUUUCGAUUCUUUUAAUCGUGAAGCACUAUGGAGAAUCCUUCUGAGAUAUGGCUGCCCAACAAAAUUUGUUAACGUCCUCCGUCUGUUGCAUGACGGUAUGAAGGCUGUCAUCCUCUCUGAUGGUGAAACCUCAGAGCCAAUUGAAGUAAGGACAGGUGUGAAGCAAGGCUGCGUUAUUGCACCAACUCUUUUCUCCAUCUUCCUGGUGGGAAUGCUUCAUCUGACAGAGAACAGACUUCCCAGAGGCAUAAAAAUCACAUAGGACAGACGGGAACAUAUUCAACAUGAACCGUUUCAGAGCCAAGUUCGAAAACAUCAAUCACAUUCGUAAUUGAAUUCCAAUAUGCCGAUGAUGCCCAAGUCAGUGCCUGCUCAGAAGCUGACCGUCAGGUCAUCGUCAACAUAUUUACAGAUGCUUAUGGCAGGAUGGGUCUAACAUUGAAUACCAGCAAAACAAAGAUCCUUUUCAACAAGCUCUGGGAGGACACUUACCACCCCCUAAAAUCAUAUCCAACAAUUCAAUAGAAAACGUUCCCAGUUUCCCAUACUUAGGCAGCAAUCUCUCUAGCAAUGUUUUAAUUGAUUAUGAAAUCCAACAUCGGAUUGCCUGAGCUAGUGCUGCCUUUGGCAAACUUAAG